AAAAAACUCGGGAGACAAUUUCAACUGCUUCACGCGUUCCUUCCGGCUCUUCCUCUCGCACUUCUUCUUCGGUCUUCCUCGUUCCUUCCUUCUUAUCCUUCUCCUCCGCCGGCGAUCGUUCCCCGCCUGCGUGUUCUCCAGCCAAGCCGUCGCCAUGUUCCCUCCCUACCGGGCGAUGAUGCUGAUUGACUGCUCCCACUGCCGCACCCAGCUGCAGCUCCCCCCGGGGGCUUCCUCGAUCCGCUGCGCCGUCUGCCGGGCCGUCACCAACGUAGCCGAUUCUAGGAGCUCCCCGAUGAUUCCUUCGGCUCCUCCCUUCCAACCGCCCCCCGGUCCCGGCCCCCCUCCGAUUUACCCGCCGCCCCCUUCCUGGAGUACGCCGUCGCCGCCGCAGAGACCGGGUGGGCGGAAGAAGGCGGUGAUUUGCGGAAUCACGUAUCGGAACACAAGGCACGAGCUGAAGGGGUGCAUCAAUGACGCCAAGUGUAUGAAGUACCUCCUUAUCAAUCGAUUCGGCUUCCAGGAGUCCAACAUAAUUAUGUUGACAGAGGAAGAAAGAGAUCCAUACAAGAUUCCAAUUAAACACAACAUAAUGAUGGCAAUGUAUUGGCUUGUCAAAGGUUGUCAACCUGGAGACUCUUUGGUAUUUCACUACUCUGGCCAUGGUUCCCAACAAAGAGAUUACAGAGGGGAAGAAGCAGAUGGCUACGAUGAGACUCUUUGUCCUCUAGACUUUCAGAAAAAUGGAAUGAUCGUUGAUAACGAUAUUAAUGAGGCACUAGUUAGGCCACUACCUUCUGGAGUUAGGCUUCAUGCUAUUAUAGAUGCUUGUCACAGUGGCACUAUGCUAGAUCUACCUUAUCUUUGCAGAAUGAACAGGAGUGGAGUUUAUGCAUGGGAAGAUCAUCGACCUCGAAAUGGUGCUUGGAAAGGUACAAGUGGCGGAGAAGCCAUUUCAUUCAGUGGUUGUGAUGAUGAUCAGACCUCUGCAGACACUACGGCUUUAUCAGGGAUUACUUCAACAGGUGCCAUGACUUAUUGCUUCAUCCAGGCCAUUGAGCGAGGACAAGGGGCUACAUAUGGAACUAUACUGGCUUCCAUGCGAUCCACCAUUAGGGGCUCUGGUGAUUCACUUUCUUCAGGCCCUGUUACCUCACUCAUCACUAUGUUGCUGACUGGAGGUAGUAUGCCUGGCACACUCAGACAGGAGCCACAACUCACUUCCAACGAAAUGUUCGAUGUUUAUUCAAAACCAUUCUCUCUAUGAUUUUAUGGAAUUGCUUCUAAGCCGGAUUUGCCCAGUGACACCAGAGGAAGCACAAUUGGCAACGAAAUUGUUUGUUGGAUUUGGAUAUUAAUAUUUGGUGAAACAAUUUGUGUGGAAAUUACCAUGGAUUCUUUUUUUCA